AUGGUGGGUCAGCUUGCAGCAGCAGCAGCAGCAUUCAUCACUGGCCUUCUUGCUCUUGCAAGAUUUACAAACUGCAAUACUAUACAGAUGCAUCCUCUGCUUAUAGGCAACAUACUGUAUGAGCAGAGGAUGGCAUGGCAGGACCCAAUCAAUGUGCUCAAGAGCUGGGAUCCAACCUCUGACAAUCCCUGCUCUUGGGAGCAUGUCAUCUGCGACAGCAAAAACUAUGUGAUACGCUUGGACUUGGGGAAAGCCGGUAUAAUAGGACCUCUGGUUCCACAACUGGGAGGAUUGAAGAAGCUUCAGUACCUAGAAUUGUUUGACAAUGGCCUGAAUGCAUCAAUACCAACUACACUGGGUAACCUCAGUAACCUAUUAAACCUGGAUCUUCAGGAGAACAUGCUUACUGGCAUGAUUCCGGCAUCACUUGGCUCCAUUGGCACGCUCAAAAACCUGAGAUUGUAUGGGAACAAACUUACUGGGCCUAUACCACCAUCGAUGGGCAAUCUGACGAACCUUGUGACCAUGGAUCUUCAGAAGAAUUCGCUGAGUGGUUCCAUUCCAGCCUCCUUAGGAAACAUUAAAACAUUACGGUACUUGCACCUGAACAACAUCAUGCUGACUGGCAUGAUCCCGUCAGAAAUCCUCUCUCUUGCCAUUGUCGGGAGCUUGUCACUAAAUGUUGAAAACAAUAACCUCACUGGAACAGUUACAUCAGCUGGAUUGAGAGGUGCUCAUGACAAUGGUCUGUGGCAGAGUAAUUGA